UGCAUUAUUUAAAAGCUCUAAUUUUUAAUAAGUUUUAAUUAAAUUAUUUCAAUAAACUAAAAAAAAAUUAAAUUAAAAAAGGAAAAUCAAAAACAAUAAAUUUUCAUGAGCAUAUUAAGAAAGAGACCUUUUAGUGUGCUUAACCCUGGGUACUUUGAUAUAUUUGAAGAAUUUGAUGACUUUUUCAAUGAUUAAUAUGACAUUUUUACUGAAAAUUUGAAUUUCGAUAAAGGCUUGUACAUUUCUAAGGAAAAAAGAUUAAAAAAAUAAUUAAAGAAAACAUAAUAACUUGAGAAUGAGAUUCAGAAAAAGAUUGAUGAAUUUUAACAAUAACUAGAUGAUUUAGAAGAUAGUAAAAAAUAAAUUAAUUAGUAAAAUGAUAAAUUAAUGAAAUAAAUAGAAAAGGCUAACUAAUAUUCUGAAUAAAAUGAAAAAAAUGAUCAUAGUAAAACAAAAGUGUUCAAGAGAAUUUUCUAUUAAACUCCUCAAAUAGAAAUAGAAGAAUAAUAUGAUAGCACAGACCCUAAGUAAUGCUAUAAAAUUAUUAAAAGAUAAGGUGAACUUCCUCAAAUUAUCCAAGGUACUAAAGAAGACAAUAAAGAUUCUAUUGAGAGUGAAUAAUUAUCUGAAAUACAAAAAGAUAAACUUAAAAAGUUAUGUAAAAUUACAGAUCAAAAGUAAAAUGAUGUUAUUAAACUGAUUAAAGAAAAUCCUGAAAUGACAAUAGGGUAAUUAUAUGAUAAAUUAAUGAUAAACUAAAAUGAUAACGAAAAAACAAAUGAAUCCUAGAAUAAUAACUUAUCUAAUUGA